AUGGAUGCUAUACCGGGUCCACUGGCAACAGGUGAUAGCGCUUCUCCCUUUGCUAAAAUCAAAACCCAUUUCCCUCCUGCCAAAAUUAAAAAAAUCAUGCAAACGGAUGAGGAUAUUGGAAAAGUGUCUCAGGCAACUCCCGUCAUCACUGGAAGAUCUCUAGAGUUCUUCAUAGCCAUGCUUGUAGAUAAAUCUAGUCAAAUUGCUAGAGAACAAGGCUCUAAAAGGAUAACAGGCGAUAUCAUGAAGAAAACUAUCAUGGCCGAUGAGAAGUUUGACUUCCUAAGAGAAAUAGUGUGCCCAGAAGCCACACAGCAGGAUUCAAGCAACGACGAUGCCGAUCCUGACGUUGAUACUAAUCAGUUUCCAGUUGAUGUUUAG